UAUACUGCUGCUGAGGUGCAGAAUUUUGAAACAAAGUGAAGCAUUUUAUUCUGGAGAAUGGGGAAGUGGUGCUGGAAAGGCUUCAAGGACCACAGUCUGGAAAAUGCUGAUCUAGAAUUUUGCUGAAGAUAUGCCAUAAGAGAUAGGCCAAAUAUUCUACAUGUAAGGUAUGAAAGAGACAACAAAAGAAGUCAUACUUAAACAGAAGUUGAAUCCAUGCCCAUUAAUAUCAGUUUAGUAACCAGCCAUGCUGAAUGGAGUAGCUUGAAUAAAAAAAAUAAGGGUGGAGGCUCUGGAGGUGCUGUAAGGGAUGCUGGUGGAAGCUUUGGUAAAAUGGAAGCUGCCCGUGAAGAAGAGUAUUUCAGAAAAUUGCAAAGAAAACAAUUUGCAAAGUUGAAGGAACAUAUGAAAGAAGAAAUAUUGCACCACGAAAAACUCAUUCAACAGCAUAAAGAAGCAAUCCAAAGACUUGAAGAGCGCAUAGCACAAAUGAAACAUUCUGAGAUCCAGAAAAGGUCUGAAACUAAAGCUUAAAUUUGUGUUAUUCAACAUGUGUAUUCAAAUUUAUUUCUUUGCAAGGAAAUAAAUUUUAUUUGAUAUUAAAUUCAUGUAAUGUACUUGAAAUAUAAUGAAAUAUUUUUAUAAAAUUAUCUUGUUUUUGAAAGAGAAUUUAAUUGUCUGCUAUGAUUCAAAUGUGAUGAAUGUAGUUUAUAUUUUAACAUUUUGUUACAUUGAAAAUGUUAUAUAUGUUUCAGUUUUCCAAAGAUAGCAUGAAGAUAAUUAAAAUGGGAUGUUCUUAAAAUUUUAGUGCUUUGAAUAAAUAAAUAUAUUUUGCUGUUA